AUGGGUGGCGAGCGCUCUGAGAAGCUGGCCCAGACUCACAGCCACGUGUUCACAGUGUGGGUGGGCCCCGCGCCAGUGGUGGUGCUGAGCGGCUUCCAGGUGGUGAAGAAAGCCCUGGUCUCCCACUCAGAGAAGCUCUCAGGCCGGCCCCUCACCCCACUCUUCCGGGACCUAGUUGGAGAAAGAGGCAAGGCUGCCCUCCCUGCUGGGGACGGGGUGGCUGGAUCCACAGCCAAAGCCGUUGGGGCCCUUGUGUUCAGCCGCCACUUCCUCUCGGAGGAUCCCUUCUUCCAGGAACUGAUUCAAACCAUCAACUUUGGCCUGGCCUUUGUCAGCACCAUUUGGUGCCGGUUAAGGUGGUGCUCAAGGAGGCAGGUGUGCGGGUCAUUGGACCCCUGGGGGUCCGAUACGGGCAGGGGCCUCAGCCAGGGCAUAACCGGUUCCGCUGACUCAGUGCUGGCACCUGAGCGGCCCCUGGACGGGCCUCUUACCCCACAGCUAAACGACCUGUUCCCCUGGGGCUUCUGCUGCCUGCCUGGCCCCUACCAGGAGAUGUUUAGGUACCAGAAGGCUGUGUGGGGCUAUAUCCACCGGGAGCUCAGCAGGCACAAACUCAGGACAUCUGAGGCCCGCAAGGACUUCAUCAGCUACUACCUGGCCCAGGUCAUCAAGGCGGGCCUGAGAGGGCUGCAGAGGGCCAGAUGUGGGGGGGAGGGCCGGCGCAGGGGGAGGGGCCGGGACCGUGGGGAGACUGAGCUGCAGCACCGUCCUGGGACCCACGCGGAGCUGCCGGCAGAGAGGGUGCUGCAGGAACUGGACGCAGUGCUAGGCACCUCCAGAGCCAUCCGCUGUGAGGACCGCGGCGACUGCUCUACACCUGCGCUGUCCUCCAGGAGACGCAGCGCCUCAGCAGCGUCGUGA